UCGCGCGCCAAAACCUAGACAACACGGACCGACUGAACAGGGAGAAACAAGAGGAAAAAAGAAUAAAGGAAGAGAGAGAGAGAGCAGUGCUUUCAUCAGCGAGUCUUCUUCGUGAAGCUCCCCUUUUUGCCGGCGGCGCCCCCCUGCUGUUGAGGCUGUGGUAUGAGCCUAUGUGGCAGAAAGGCGCUGACUUUGCUGAGCAGCGUGUUCGCUGUUUGCGCCCUGGGCCUGUUGGGUAUCGCCGUAAGCACAGACUACUGGCUCUACCUGGAGGAAGGCGUCAUCCUUCCCCUCAACCAGACCAACGAGAUACGCAUGUCCCUUCACUAUGGCCUCUGGAGGGUUUGCUUCUUGGCUGGGGAGGAGAAAGGCCGGUGUUUUACGAUAGAGUAUGUGAUGCCCACUAACGUCCAGAUGACCUCUGAGUCCACUGUUAGUGUCCUGAAGAUGAUCCGUUCUGCCACACCCUUUCCUCUGGUCAGCCUCUUCUUCAUGUUCAUUGGUUUUGUACUGAGUAAUAUCGGCCACAUCCGCCCCCAUCGCACCAUCCUGGCCUUCGUUUCUGGAAUCUUCUUCAUCCUGUCAGGUCUCUCUCUGGUAGUUGGUCUGGUGUUGUACAUCUCCAACAUUAAUGAUGAAAUGUUGAACAGAACCAAAACUAAUGAGGCCUACUUCAGCUACAAUUAUGGCUGGUCAUUUGCUUUUGCUGCCAUCUCCUUCCUGCUCACUGAGACGGCAGGUGUCAUGUCAGUGUACCUGUUCAUGAAGCGUUACACAGCAGAAGAGAUGUAUCGGCCCAAUCAGGGCUUCUACCGGCCUCGGCUCAGCAACUGUUCAGAUUACUCCUGCCAGUUCCUCCAUCCAGACGCCUUAGCCGGGCGUGGGCGCAGUGCCUCCGCCAUCUCCUCUGAGGCCUCCGUCCAGAUGAACUCUCACAACUACCCUGCUCUCCUCAAAUGUCCUGAGUAUGAACAAAUGUCCUCCUCACCUUGCUGAGGCAGAGGAUGAGUUGUUGUGUUAGCACAGUAGGGGUCAUUUUUAUCUAUCUGGAUUAUGAGGUAAAAUUGACAGAUAAUUUGAUAUUAUCCAGCUUGAAUCGCUUCCCUCUUCAAGUGUCCUGACUAUGACCUGAUUCUACCCUCCGUACUGACAAUUUCUUAUUUACACUUUUUGCUUCUAUGGGGAGCAAAACUUAAGUUGAAGGCUAGCCAGUUCACUGUAUUCUGAGCUAACCUGUUGUGUUUCAGGUAGAGAUGUUAGAGAAAGAGAGGAAAGAGUUGGACCAGGUUGUAGUUUUAGUGAUAGGUGACUAGCAACCUGCACAACUGAGAAAGGUAGGGUGAAGUUAUCUGAAAGGAGUAACUUGAGUAGCCUCAACCUGCAGUGAGCAAUUCAACUAUUUGCUUGUAGUAGCCUACUGCCACAAUCCUGAUAACUUUUUGACAGGAUAACAUGCUACACAUCUGAAGACGUGGAGUGUCUAGAACUGGAUAAGCAACUAUUGUAUGUGCAAAUGAUGCAGAGUCUGCAGGUAUAAUGAAUGUGAAUUUCAACCAUUCAAAUAUCAUUUUAUUUAACAUGCCGUUUGAUACACAAACUAUUUGACUAGGGUUACAGGCUGGGAUAGUUGGGUUUCUGACGGAUGGUAUUUGACAUUCCAUAUGAACUUCACCUCUUACACCACCCUCUGAGUAUUUCUGUAUCAAGUGUGUCAAUUUGCAGAUGACACUGGCUUUCAGUUAACAGCCAGAAGUACUUAUAUUCCCCCUUUAGGUCCUUUGUAUAGGAGCCAUUAAUUGUUAUACAGCCACAGGUGUUUUCCUAAACGUUUUAAGCUGUAACUGAAGGGUGGAAACGCUUUGCUUUUUUUGUAUUUACAUAUAUUAUAUGUGGUUAGAUUACACCCUGUAAAAUUAUUCAUUCGGAAGCUUGUUUUUUUGGUCCCUUUCAGCAGUUUAAGUAUUGACACCAAAGGAAAGGUUUGUAUUACAUGCUGCUAGUAUGAGAAAUAUUGUUUUCGUCUGAAUAUAUUAAUGGUUAUAUAAACUUUGAGUGUAUCAUUGUAUAUUCUUGUAAAGUAAAGGAAACAGCCCAAACAAGAAAUGCUUUAUUUUCUCUCAUAACCAGUUAUUAAGAAAAAUACAGGACUGCUUUACAUUGUUUCAAACAAUACAGAUGUACAUAAACCUUAUAUGGUAUCUGAGAACCUAUUCCUGCAUAUGGUGGUCUAAAAGUGUAUUUAACCAACAUUUAAAAAGAAAACAAGCAGUAGAGGGGCAACAUGUUUGAUUGUGUUGAUCAGAUUAGACAUGUGUUAAACAUUUAAAGAAGAAGAGAAAGCCAAUGGGGAGAAGAUGGAGUUUGUGUGCUCAAAGGUUUUGAUGGAGAAUGUGAAUGUGGUGGUAUUAAAGACUACUUUGAUAUGGAGCCAUUGUGAAUAGAAGAUAUGCUGAAGGAUACAUUGAUGAAUGAUUUUUUGUUGUUGCAUAUAGUCAAAUACCUCUCAUACAGAAAUAUAUUAAGCCAAAUUAUAGAUGCAUAUUUUUUUCAAUUUACCCCUUUAUAAUGACAUACAUCCUGUUAUCCUCAGUGUGCCAAGGAAGAAGUUGUAUCCAGGUUAAGUGGCUUAAGGUUAAGUAUUGAAUAUAUACAUGUCAUGCCGUGUGAGUAAACAUA